CUCAUAAACAGCACAGGUGUAUACUUUAUUAGAAGCUAUGUGCAAUUGCCAAAAGAAGUUGUUUUGUUACAAUGAGUUUCUGUGUCUCUUAUAUUGCAGCAAGUGGAAGUUGAUGGACAGCAAUGUAUGUUGGAAAUUCUGGAUACUGCCGGAACGGAACAAUUCACAGCCAUGAGGGACCUAUACAUGAAGAACGGCCAGGGCUUUGCACUAGUAUACUCCAUAACAGCACAGUCCACCUUCAAUGACCUGCAGGACCUGAGAGAACAGAUUCUGAGGGUCAAAGACACGGAUGACGUGCCGAUGAUCCUGGUGGGUAAUAAAUGCGAUCUGGAAGACGAGAGGGUGGUCGGGAAAGAACAGGGCCAGAAUCUGGCCCGCCAGUGGAACAGCUGUGCUUUCCUGGAGUCUUCUGCAAAGUCCAAGAUUAACGUCAAUGAGAUCUUCUAUGACCUGGUCCGGCAAAUCAACAGGAAAACUCCAGUACCCGGAAAGGCACGCAAAAAGUCCACCUGCCAACUGCUCUAAUAUACAGCUGUUCUUUUGCUCUGAGCCAGGUCUGAUUUGCUGCUGUGUCUUCAGCAGUGCCAGCAUUCCGACGUUACUAAAACCUAACAUCGAAUGGACUUUCCUGUGUGGUGAUGCCCCUUUAACAAACAAACAAACCAACCAACCAACCAAUGGAAUCAAGGCUACAGUAUCAUGUCAGUUUUUUGCACAUAGAUAACCGUCAUCACUUUCCAAUGUCGCGCGCAAGAGAUUUUUACAUAUAAUUAUAUAAAUAUAUAUUCUAACUGUAUGCAACUGAAUAAAACAAAUUAAACGAGUAAAUGAAUAAAGACCUAGAAGAAAUGAAUUUUAAAAUAUACAGAGCCUACACGCAGUGUUAUUGCUAACGGAAACAGCCGCCGUUGUAAAUGUAAGGAGGGAAUGUCUAACCAGGCUGUGCACGUUGCCAUAGCAAUUACAAUGAUAUUUAUAAGCACCACUAUUUUAGCCAGAGAGGAGAGGAAGUCCAAAGAGCUCUAUAUAAACCAUUCUUACAGCUAACUUUCACUCCUUGAUUUCUUUGCAUAAUUAUGUUGAAAUAUUAUUAUUGUUUUUUUUUGUCUGUUUUUGUAACUUUUAUUCUAAACAUGUUUUUCAUUUCUCUCCUGCAUUUUUUUUUUCUCUUUUAUAAAAUUACUAGAUUUUUGCUCUAUGGAGAUGUUAUAUUCGCGACAGCUAUUGAUACUGUUUGAGUUUUAGGAAAAACAACCUGUGGAUACAGUGAUGUACAUGUAAAAAGUAAAAAAAUAUAAUUUUUCUGUUACUAUCAUAUUGUCCUUGGCCUCAGAUGUUGCCUUCGAAUAUGCGUUAAGACCUUUCCUUGCCUCUUUUCUUUAUUUUCCCAUCAAAAAUCAUUUCCACCAUCUUAGAAUCCAGGUUUCUUUAUUUUCUUUAUUGGGUUUCUACAGCAGGCUUUUUCAAAAGAGGGGGUGUUAUAAAAAGGGACUUUGACAAUUUAGUUACUCUAUAUAUCUAUCCAGUACUCUUGUUUUGGGUGGUCUUAUAGUAAAGAGUCAAAUCCCUCUUUAAAAAAAAAACAAUCCUAUAUACUGUAGGUGGUAUAUAUUAAAAAAAGGGUUUUAUUACAAAAAUAAACUUUUCAGUGAUGUCACUCCAGUCACUAGUUUGUAUACGCAGUCCCCCUCCACCUGCUUGCUGAUGCAUCUGGUUUAAACUAAGGAUAUGAAAACCAAAUAUUGGAACCUGUGAGUAAAGACAGAAGGUGUCUGUUAGUGACUGUUUCAACUUUGUAAUAAUUUGGCCUGUAUUUGUCUUUGUACCUGUUGGGGUUAACUGAAUGUGGGGGUGUGAAAACUUUGUCUUAAGCUAAAAGGAAAUGGUUUUAAGAAAAUAAAAAGUGCACACAAAGUGCAAUCAGAAAAGGGUAUUUGAAAAAGGCCUGAAUGUGGUCUGUAAAGCGGUUGCGUGGAAACGUACUUGCACUGUCUCUUUAAACAUCAAACAACUCUUUACUGGGUCCAGCAUGCAGUGUGUUCACAACGAAUGCUUUGAGGAUUUGCACUGUGUAAUGAACACAACUCCUUUAGUGUCCAACCAGCAGUGGACACGGAUAUACACAAGUUCGGAUUAUUACAUGCAAAUGCCUUUUUGAGCUUAAAACGGAAAUAAAUGUAUAAAAAAAGUACUUGAUGAUAUACGGACCUUGGUGUGAGACAGACGCACAGUAUUUCAAAUACAUCAUAUGAUUUUGAUGGGUGGGGGUGGCAUGGGAGGGAAGAGUGGGUGUGGCCAAAUGUCAACUUAAAAGCCUUAAUUAAAGUGGUGCAAUUUUGUAUAACCGAGCAUAUGUAGUUUAAUAAAUUGGAUUGCCAUGCAAGGGCUCAUGAAGCCAGUUUUUGCCACUUGAAUGUUUUGUGUAGAUUGUUUCAGCAUUUUCUGUCAGUCAAUAAAAAAGAUAAAGUUUAAUUUACUCUCUACCACGACACAUUUGAUUUAAAAUUGUUAUUAUUAUUAUCUGAUAAGUGUUGACUAACAAAAUAAAACAAAUUCAAAUUGA